UCGGCCCAGCCUCGGGGUCCGGGCCGAGGGUUCCAGUGUCCGCGGGCCCGGGUCUGCGUGCUGCUCUACUGUGCAGGCUGCGCGGAGCCGGGAUGCGCUGCGCCUGCUGCGGGUCCUCAUCAUGGAGACAAAACGCCUGGAGAUUCCCGGCAGCGUCCUGGACGAUCUGUGCAGCCGAUUUAUUUUGCAUAUUCCUAGCGAGGAACGAGAUAAUGCAAUCCGAGUUUGCUUCCAGAUUGAACUCGCCCAUUGGUUUUACUUGGAUUUCUACAUGCAGAACACACCAGGAUUACCUCAGUGUGGGAUAAGAGACUUUGCCAAAGCUGUCUUCAGUCAUUGUCCCUUUCUGCUGCCACAAGGUGAAGAUGUGGAAAAGAUUUUGGAUGAAUGGAAGGAAUAUAAAAUGGGAGUGCCAACCUAUGGUGCAAUCAUCCUUGAUGAGACGCUCGAGAAUGUACUGCUGGUUCAGGGAUACUUGGCAAAAUCAGGCUGGGGGUUUCCAAAAGGAAAAGUGAAUAAAGAGGAAGCACCCCACGACUGCGCCGCCAGAGAGGUCUUGGAAGAAACUGGUUUUGAUAUAAAAGACUAUAUUUGUAAGGAUGAUUACAUCGAACUACGAAUCAAUGACCAGCUUGCUCGCUUGUACAUCAUUCCAGGAGUUCCAAAAGAUACAAAAUUUAACCCCAAAACCAGAAGAGAAAUUAGAAACAUUGAGUGGUUCUCCAUUGAGAAAUUGCCCUGUCACAGAAAUGACAUGACUCCCAAGUCCAAGCUCGGCUUGGCACCUAAUAAGUUUUUUAUGGCCAUUCCCUUUAUCAGACCCCUAAGGGACUGGCUGUCUCGAAGAUUUGGAGAUUCCUCGGAUAGUGACAAUGGCUUUUCUUCAGUUGGCAGCACACCAUCUAAACCCACUGUGGAAAAGUUGAGUCGAACAAAAUUCCGCCACAGCCAGCAGCUGUUUCCUGAAGGUUCUCCUAGUGACCAGUGGGUAAAGCACAGGCAGCCACUGCCACAGAAGCCACAUAGUAACCACGCAGAAGUGGCGUCGGACCCUUUCAAAGCAAAGAAUCAAAAUAUGAGAGGGAAUGGCAGAAAACAGUAUCAAGAUUCACCUAAUCAGAAGAAAAGAACAAAUGGAGUUCACAGUCAACCAGCAAAGCAACAGAAUCCCGUGAUGAAAUGUGAAAAGAGGCUGCAUCCACGAAAACUUCAGGACAACUUUGAAACAGAUGGAGCAUUUGAGUUGCCUUGUUCUGGUGAAGACGUCUCGGUAGAGCCUGUUGAGGGACACUCUGUGGCGUGUAACGGACAUUGCAAGUUCCCAUUUUCAUCCAGAACCUUUCUGAGUUUCAAGUUUGACCAAAAUGCUAUAAUGAAAACCUUGGACCUUUGAUAGCAGCAAGUGUAUUGCAGAAGCCCGUGGUCAGAGACCUGUUACGUUUGCGUGUCUCCUCAAGCCUUACCUUUCUCAGGUAUCUGAAAGAAACGCAGGGAGGCAGUUUCUAAAGAGAUUUUCUGCACAGAAACACCAGUUUGCACUGUAAAUGAAGUUAGGACUUUUUACAUGGAUUUACCGUUUCAGUGUUUGCAACCAAGUUUUAGUGGCCUUUGCUUUUUGUCUUUUCCUUUUGAGGGCAUUUAUUUUGUAUUCUGAUCAAGAAAAGAGUUGUUGAUUAACUCAUCAACUAGUACGUUAAUAGGAGUAUUUCAUCUCCACAUCUUAGCGAUUGCAUUGAGUUUUUUUCUUGAAAAUUUUAAAAGAAACUUAAAUUCCCAGUUAUUAAUGAGCAGUAAGAGCUGAAUCGUGACAUCAGGAUUGCAGGCAUUUUGCUCAUUUCUCUGCUUCUGAGAAUCUAAUCCUUCUAUUUGGAAUUUGUCAGUUUAUUUAGAACCAGCAUCUUCAAAACGAUACUAUUUUGCACAGUGAACUCUUGAGCACUUCAUCAGGACUAAGUCCACAGCCUGAAGAGAGAUUGAGUCGAUGAGAGUUGAUGCUGUAAUUCUGAGCUCUGAUGUAUGCGGUCAGAAACCCUAUGCCUGCUGGAGCAGAGAGCAUGGAAGCCAGUACCUGGCAGUUACUUUGGGUCCUGCCUUGACCAUCGUGCCUCCAGCUGUUCAGUAUUGUGCAAUGAAUGAUUCUGCUCAUGUGAAGUAUCUGUACAUACUCUAGUGUGAGUAUGUGUGGAAAACUACAUCUUAGUUUUAUCUUGCAUCUCAGUGUUGAGCUGUGAAAAUUGAUGUUAUAUUAGGUUCCAGUUUGCUGUAAUAGCAGAGUGACAUGCUUUUUUAUUAAUAUCUUGAAGCCCCUGGGUUAUAAAGUGAGAAAAGAAGGGGUUAUGCAGUUUACUCAGUACAAAUAAAUAAAGCGUGUUGCUGGGGGACCCUUUAAGUAAUGUACUUAGCUCACACCUAGGAAUGUAUUUUGUAUUUUGCUCCUUCAGGAUUCUUAAAUCCAAUCAAGGAUGACAAUGCCUGUUUUAUAAAGGGUCGCCUAUAACUGAGGACAAUCACCAGAGCUUUAAGGAGGCAAUAGCAUUUUGGCUGCAUUUGACCUCGCUGAGAAUAUUUCCUGGGGGUGGGGGUGGGGUGUUUGAGUGCAUGUGUGCCCGUGCAUCUGUCUUGUGGGUUUUUUAUAGUUGUUUUUUUACAAGUGGUAUCCACAAAGUAUAUCUCUGCUUAUAAAUAAUAUUACUAUAGAAAUCUUUAUUCUGUAUAUGUAGCCUAUUUAAUAGGGGUUCGCCUUAGCCCCUCAGAACUUUGGAAGGAAGGGCUAUUAAUGUAAGAAAUUCACUUGGUAUUACUACAUUGCUUUAGCUUUUAAAUGGCUGGUUUUAAAGAAGAAAUUCUGUUUAUUAAUGAAAGUGUCACUCUUUUGGUGCUAAGCAGGAGACUUCACAAUGAUACAGUGUGUCUAGAAUCUUUUAUACUACUACUUUGUGAAUCCUUCUGUGACCUUUGCUGUUUAAUGCAUUAUAUGAUUGUGUUUGGAAGCCCUUACUAUUGUCAGAAAUACGGCUGCUUUGGUUGGGUCUUCUUGAGCCAUAUUUAUAGUUGGUCCCAGCAUUCCAGAUUUCUGUUAAGUGGUUAAGGGGUGGAAACUUAGUUUGCUCAGCAGGUGAGUCAAUUCCACUCAUGUACUGUCACCUGGAAACCGUGUGUGUGUGUGUGUGUGUGUGUGUGUGUGUGUCAGUGUCAGAGAGAGAGUCUUCUUAAAUAAGUACUUUGGUCAGUCCCUUCAGUGCCUGUAAGAGGUUGGAUUUUUCAGCUCUCUGUACUAAAGCAGAAGUGAUUAGUUACCAGAAGUAUGGCCUCUAAAGUGGUCGGUUGUAAGAACCAAGAAAUGCUGUGCUGCUUCAUUUCCUGCCCUGUGGGACAAAGCAAGGGACUGGCCGGGACGCAAUUCGGAUAACUUCAGGCUUUGGCUCUCACAGCAGUCUGUUAAAAACAUGCUGGAAGAAGAAUUAAGGUUUGUAUGUCUAGUGUGACUCAGCUAUGCAGAAAAUGUUAGGUUGUUUUACCUUGUUAGUGUACAUCUGCUCUGCUUACCCCUCACUGUUCAGGUUAUUUGAGAGACCGUGUUUAGCACAGGACUGGAUUUCUUCUCUGAGAUGUGUUAACAUUUCUUCAUAGAAUCUGGUGAUGAAGAUGCCAAAUAUGCAAUAAUGUACGACGCUAGAUGGAACAGUAGAUAAUGUCAGUCUUAUUAUGUUUUGUGUAUUUCAUGGGUGAGACUUUGAAAUCGCUUUGUAAACAUCCUUAGGACCCAACCGCAUGUGUUCCAAGGUGCAGUGCACUGUGAAUCCUUUUAGGUCUAAGUUUGUAGGUGCUUUUAUGUGUAACUUCAGUGGUUUGAAGAAUGUUAAAUAACUUUGUCCUUAACCAUUUUACUCCAAGAGACAAAGAAUACAGUUUACAUGCUUUCUGUAAGUUUUGUUUAGAAACAGUGAAUGAACGACUCUAGUAUUUCAAACAGUGAUUCCGUCCUGAGACAUGAGGGACCUGAAAAACCUAGCAGACCUGGUAACAUGGGUGAAAUUAAUUAAACAUGUUGAAAGAUCUAAUUAGCUUUUUGUCCCAGCACUGUCAGGAAUUGUGGUCACUACUUGCUGUUUUGACCUUUGAAUAUCAUUAUUUUUAUAUUAAAUAUUAAUUAGUAAUUACAUAUUAUGGAGCUAUAUAGCAGAUUAAUAUUAUGCUGUAAGACUUGGCUGUGCUAUUUCUUUUGGCGGUUCUAGUAAUUUACAUGUACUGUCAAUAAAAAACUGCAGAUCUUAGAAAAUGGCUGUAGGAAUCCAGUUCCUUUAUCGAGCACCGUGUUUUCUAAAAAUGUCAAGAACUGGUACCUGUGUGCAUUAAAAAUGUUUUAUCAUCAAGUCCCUCACCUAGCAGUCUGAUCUUCUAACAUUAGUUAAAUAAGAAGGAGAGGGAGGGACCUAGACAUGAUCAUUGCUGGGCAGGCUUUCUUCCUGUGGUCACCGUGACCUUCCCUAGCUGCGAACCUCCUUUCUUGGGGACUUUAACAACAACAGUGGUGUCUGUGUUCUCUGAGGCAGUAUUCUUUGUGUUGUGUUAACACUUCUUCCUCCUGGCUUUAAGUUGAUGAUUGUGUGGCCUGAGAGAAGUGUGGAUGUGUGGUGACGACGUGACCCUCGGCAAAGGAGACCACAGCCCACUGUGUGUCUGAGGUGUUACCACCUGUGUAUCUGGUGGUGUCCUCACAGCUUGCUGAAGCCGGGUCAGAGCGGUGUCAGAAGACGAUAAAAUACAUUUGUAUGGUUUCCUAAAAAUCUAGAAAUGUCCUCCACAUCUUUUUCUCUCUCUAUAUAUAUAGAGAGAGAGAAUUGGGUUAUUCGUGAAGCCUGUGUCAGAAGGUAGCAGAUUGAGAUCAGUAAUCUGAGAUUUGCAUAAGUAGGUUGCCAUCUCCAACAGUUGCUCUGCAGAGCCCAGAGAGAAAACUACUGAGCAUCGCUAGCAGUUGAGUGUUUUCGUGAUGCUCCAGGUGAGAAGUGUGGCCGGGGCCCAGCGCGAACAGUCAGAAAGUACUGACCUUUCCAGAUAUUUUCUGCUCCUCAGUCAAGUGUUGUAAGUAUGAUUGCCAAGCAAUCCAUUGAUUCUAAUGUAAUUUUUCUCACUUUAAGGACUAGUGUUUGAGUCCUUUCUUUUGAUUCUGCAGAGCUUCAGGCAUUCUGGAUUUUAUUUUUAAUUUUUUAUUACUUUAAUUUUUUAAUGUGUUUUAAUGUGUUUCACCUGUGUAUGUAUGUGUACCACACAUGUGCCUGGUGCCCAAGGAGGCCAGAAAGAGUGUCAGAUCCUCCUGGAACUGGAGUUGCCGUGUUGUUGGAAAUGGAACCAGGUCUUGUUGAUAACAAGAUAGCCCAGAGUGUGCACAGUCACAGCAUGUGGGUGUGCUGCCAGCAGUUUCCUGUGACAAACAGCGCUCGUUGCUGACGUACUUCUUAGCUGAGGGAAGUUGAAGCCUCGGUCUACUUCUGCAUAGAGCUGGCUGUAAAGGCAUUUCUAUUAACUUGGUGCUUAGAGGGCUUUUGUGUGGGUUUUCUGUGUACUUCGUACUUAGUCAAAGCUUUAAGGCUUUAUUAUUUGGAAGUGUUCUCAACAGAAUAUCUAAUUUGAAAUCAGCAUGAGAGAGAUUACUUAUAUCUUGUCUUAGUGUGGCAGAAGCAUGGGUUCUGUCUCUGGUAGCUGCAUGAAAGCACAGUCUAAAAGGAAUUCACCUCAACAUAGUAGUGACUUUGGGGCAGUUUUUGGUCAAGGAUUCUGGAAAAAGAAAUUACAGAAGUCAGCUUUAGGGUGUGACUUGGUCUUAGUGAACAUGGGUUCUCAGUGGGAGGUAAGACCCCCCAGUAUGUUUGCUGCAGGGUAGUUUCCUUGAUGUUGUUAUUAGCUCGUUUGUUGAGUACCAUUUUUUGAGCAUCUGUUUGGUAAUCAGUCUUUUUGUUUGGGCUGUAUCUCUUAAUGCCUCUGACACCAUGAGAGUUUGCCAUAACUAACUCUUGAGCCUCAAGCAGCUAGAAGGGCUCUGCUCUCUCAUGUCAGUGUAUAUAACGGUGAAGUUGUGUGGGAGCAAAGAAAACACUUCAGUGUAGUUCUAAGAUGAAAUGGGCAACGUUUCCUAGUCCUUAGUUCUUAGUGAGCUUUUACAGAAGAAGGUCAAAUACUCUCUGCUUGUAAUUAUUUGAUCCAAAUGUCUAAAACAAUAACUCUAGACUGGAUUGGGAUACAACUGAACAUUUUAAAGCCAUUUCUCAAGCUUUAAGACAUUAGCACAGAGGUUGCCAGCUGGGAGAUUUAGAGAGCUGGCAUCUGCUGCCUGUGGAUAGCUUGGUGAGUUGCAGUCAUGCCUCUGGAGCAUGAGCAGUGGUGUACCUGGACACGGCGUGCACGAGGUGGUCCUGCAGGAGUAUGCAGUUCACUGCUGCUCAGGUAGCACAUUCUGCCAACUGUCAAAUGCUAGUAUCCACGGGAACAAGCCUUUAUUUCUGAAUUUUGUUUCAAAUGAGGACAGUAGACAGCUAAGUUUCAUUGUAUAGAUAUUAAUUUUUUUUCAGUUUAACAAAUAGGGAAGAAUAGUAAAAUUCUUAACUUUGCUUUAACCUUUAAAAGCUAUUUUUUUAUAUUUGCCAGUUAGUUUUAAAUCUUACGAUAGUUUUAAAAUGAAUGUUGACUUACUAGACCUAUGUCUGUUGGCUUCAAUGAAACCAUAAUAAAUCUUAAUGUAUUUAGCUAUUUUAA